AAAAAAUGGAGAAUAUGAUGAGGACGUGAAAGAAAUUGCUGAGAAAGUUAAAGAGCUGCAGAAGAUGGUUCAAGAUGGGUUGUUUGUUCCAAAUGGUUGUAAUGACAUACUCACGGCUGCCCUAGAUAAAAGGCCAAAUGGAAGUAGAGUACAAGGAUUAGGUCGCUCCAUCACUACAUCUAAGUACUUUAACACACCUAUGGGUAAAGCUGCAGAGCAUGAAGAAGCGGAGAAAAUUUGUGCUACAAGAUAUGCGAUGAUGGUUCAACGAUUCGAUGAGUUGAAAGAACACAUCACUGCCCUUGUUGGUGUUAG